GGGUGUGGUCAGGGCUCAUGAGUGACAGGGGAUGUGGGCGGUGCCUUGGUUGCGGCGAUCUGGACUGCUGAGAGAGUCGGUGACCGUAGCAGUCAGCUGAAGGAGAGGUCACCGGAGUCUGGAUGCGGUCUUCGUGCGUGUAGCAGUGCAGGCUUCGGAUUCUGGUGGACUGAUGUGAGGUGCAGCUCUACUGCAGAGAAAAUGUUAAAGCAUUAAAAAGGGACAUUUGACGCAUGUUGUCAUGUGACUGCUUUUUGGACUCGCAGACCCCUCAUGCUUUGCUGUUAUGGACAUCUGUACGCCCGUCCUCCCCUAUGCUCUGCUCCUGUCUGCGCUGCUUCUCGUGGCCGUCUCUGGCACCCAGCAAUGUGCCCCUCAGGUCAUCCCGGAUAUGGUGAUUGACAUAAGCCAGGCAGUGGCACGCGGUGCACGUUUCACUGACCCUUUAAGCGUGAUCAGCAAGGAGGAAUGCGUGUUGGCCUGCUGCAAGCAACUGGAUGUGGAAGGUCUUGAGGAGUGUAAUCUUAUGGUCUUCGAUGCCAGGAAAAGCCAAGGAGAGCCGAACUGUUACAUCUUCCACUGCCCCACGAUAGACUCGUGCCCCUUGACGCCUAGUCGGGGGGUCUUCAGUUACAGCUUAUGGUCAGAGACUCUUCACCCGGAAAAACGUGACCCUGAGAAAGUGCAGCAGAAGUCUAGUGAUCACAGCAAAGUGCAGAGUUCUCCCGGAAGGACGUCAGGAUCAGCUAUGCACCCCCCCUCUGGUUCUACAGAGUCUGGUCCACUUGACCUUAACAACAAAAAAAACACCGCUCCUAUUGAUUCUACAGAGUCUGGUCCACUUGACCUAAGCAACAAAAAAAACAGCGCUCUUAUUGGUUCUACAGAGUCUGGUCCACUUGACCUCAACAACAACAAAAACAGCGCUCUUAUUGGUUCUACAGAGUCUGGUCCACUUGACCUAAGCAACAAAAAAAACAGCGCUCUUAUUGGUUCUACAGAGUCUGGUCCACUUGACCUUAACAACAAAAAAAACAGCACUCUUAUUGGUUCUACAGAGUCUGGUCCACUUGACCUCAACAACAACAAAAACAGCGCUCUUAUUGGUUCUACAGAGUCUGGUCCACUUGACCUCAACAACAAAAAAAACAGCGCUCUUAUUGCCUCGCAGGAACCAGCCAAACAUGUUAAGGAGGAACCAGCCAACUCCUCCCAAAAAAUCACCACUCAGCUCCUCCACCUGGCAAACACAAUCGAUCAACACCUGGAGAAGAUGGAAUCCAAGUCAGCAGCUUUGAAGGACAAUCUCCAAGUCCACUUCCCCUCCCCCGUCGCUGCCACAGUCCCCACAAUCCAGGCGACAACCAUUCCUAUCCAUGGAGAGGUGAAGAAAACUCUCCCUGAUGCCAAAGAGGCAAAGCCUGGCAUAGUUACAUAUAAGAUGCCAGAUAACUUAAAAAUUUUUCCUACUGUAGCUGCCAAGCAAGUUGACACCGUACCCAAGAAAACAUCACUCAGCACUGCUGCCCCUAAACCUGUACACCGAACAAAGGCCAAUCUCAUUGUGACCUCUGCCUCUUUCCAGGAUACAAGUGGUGCCCACAAAGUGCCUAGUUCUGAUAAGAGUGCCAAGCUUCCUGGAAGUGAUCACUCUGACAACAGUGGCACACCCAUGGUGACACCAAAGAAGGUCAGUCACCCGCUGCCCCACACAGAGGUCCCAGCCCUUGCUACAGUCCAUCAAACCAGACCCCCCCAGAUGGUGACUCACCCUGCACCUUUACAGACGUCACCAAGGAAGGAAAUAAAACCCAGCACCAAGACUAAUGACCAACCGUCGGCCAGUGACGAGGUCAAGACGCCUGGGCAAACUCUGACUGUAACCCAUCCCUCAUCACAAAAAGAACCUGUUCUCAAUCUGGAGGAAUCUCCUAGGAAAGCUGACAGCACAGCAUCUGAGGGCAUCCUUUCAUCACUGGAGGAUAAGAGCGGUCUGGUGGCUGCUCUAGUUUUUGGGAUGUUGUUUCUCCUGGUGAUAAUUGGUCUGAUCAGCCGCAAAGUGUCAGAAGUGCGACGCAGGCAUCAAUACACCAAACUAGACUAUCUAAUCAAUGGGAUGUACGUGGACACCUGAGGUGUGUAGCAGCAGGUCCUUCCCCACAUAUGGACAGGACAGACCCCACCAGCUGCUCUGGUCUUCACUACAACACUGGCCAUAUUGACAUGGGGGGGGGGGGGGUACUUGCCGCAAAUAUGGCUGAGUGGACGGACACAUAUUCAUCUCCCAGUGCGGAGAUACAAUAAUUGAUUUUGGAAAAUCGGUAGAAUAAAAUAAUUUCCGUA